AUGUUCUUCCACAUGGUUUUGGAGCGGAACAUGCAGUUACAUCCACGAUUCUUUGGUCGAAGCCUUCGUGAAAACCUCGUCUCUAAGCUCAUAAAAGAUGUCGAGGGCACUAUCAGUGGCCGACAUGGGUUUGUAGUAGCGGUAACUGGAGUAGAAAACAUAGGAAAAGGAUUGAUACGAGAUGGGACUUCUUUUGUCACCUACCCCGUUAAGUACCGAUGCGUUGUUUUCAGACCUUUCAAAGGCGAGGUUUUGGAAGCUGUGGUCACACGAGUCGUUCAGAACGGAUUCUUUGCUGAAGCUGGCCCUCUUCAGAUUUUCGUGUCCGAUUAUUGCAUGCCAGAUGGUAUGGAGUAUCAGGCUGGUGACAUGCCUAAAUACACAUCAUCAGAUGGAUCAGUUAGGAUCCAAAAAGAGUGUGAAGUGUUACUAAAGAUCAUUGGCAUGAGAUUCGAUGGCACUGAGAUCUCCUGUGUGGGUAGCAUCAACGAAGAAUUUUUGGGGCUCAUAAUCGAUCCUGCAGCCGUUGCAUAA